CAGGGAAAAGGGAGGCACAGGAGGAGGCGGAGGCGGAGGCUGAGCCAGGCGCCGACACCGACACCGACCCACAGAGCCGCGGGGCAGGGCCACGCAACCCGGCCCAGCGAGUCCGCCCGCGACCGCAGCCAAGUCCUCGAGAGCCGGGCCGAGCCUCAGCCCCGCCAGGCAGGGGCGCCCGAGCAGCUCCCGGGCCCCGCUUCGCUCCCUCUUUCCCCGGCCGGCGCCUUCUGCGGCGGGAGCCGGCGGACCACCAUGACCGAGAACUCCACAUCCACCCCUGCGGCCAAGCCCAAGCGGGCCAAGGCCUCCAAGAAGUCCACAGACCACCCCAAGUACUCAGACAUGAUCGUGGCUGCCAUCCAGGCAGAGAAGAACCGGGCUGGCUCCUCGCGCCAGUCCAUCCAGAAGUACAUCAAGAGCCACUACAAGGUGGGUGAGAACGCCGACUCCCAGAUCAAGUUGUCCAUCAAGCGCCUGGUCACCACCGGGGUCCUCAAGCAGACCAAAGGCGUGGGGGCCUCGGGCUCCUUCCGGCUGGCGAAGAGCGAUGAACCCAAGAGGUCGGUGGCCUUCAAGAAGACCAAGAAGGAAGUCAAGAAGGUGGCCACACCAAAGAAGGCGGCCAGACCCAAGAAAGCGGCCUCCAAAGCCCCCAGCAAGAAACCCAAAGCCACCCCAGUCAAGAAGGCCAAGAAGAAGCCAGCUGCCACGCCCAAGAAAGCCAAAAAGCCCAAGACUGUCAAAGCCAAACCAGUCAAGGCGUCCAAGCCCAAGAAGGCCAAGCCAGUGAAGCCCAAAGCCAAGUCCAGUGCCAAGAGGGCCGGCAAGAAGAAGUGACAGCGAAGUUUCUCUGGUGGACCUUCCCGCCUGCCUCCCACUUUCUGUAAAUACUUUUCCUCCUUCCCUCUCCGACUCUCUCCUGCAACCCCUGUGCCCCUUUCUUGCCUGACUUUCCAAGAGACGGGACGUGGAAUCCUCGCAAUUACGGAGAAUGAGUUCUUUCCUUAACCAGCUGUGCAAGGGCCGCAAGUCUCAUCUCUGUACUGAUGAGAACGUACUUUUUUUGUUGUUGUUUAUUAAGAUACUUAGGGGCUUAGAUAUUUGAGUGGGUUCGUGUCUUUAGUUGGGAUUGUUGGCGCUGAAGGUAAAAGAGGAGUAAGGGCGGGACGAAGGCAGCUUGUUCUGGCUACAGGAGAGGGAGCCUGGACAUUUUAAGAUCUGGAGGGAGUGUCUUUAGAGCCGGCAAGCUUCCUUUAAACUGGGCAAACACCCCUUUGGAAAGUUUCAGAACCGUGGUGGGGAGCAGAGGAGGUGGCAGCAAGCUGCAUCGCCAGGAAGGAAGGUGGAGGGGAAAAGGCCUCGUGGCGCAGGUCCAGCUCCCGCGGUGAGCCGCGUGGGUUCAGGUCCAGUUGCCACCGCGCAGCACUUGAGCUGCCGCCGCGGCUUCCCUGCGGUCCUGGGGGAGGGCGCUGGGUCCGAGUGACGGCCGGUCGGAGGAGGGGUGGGGUUAGGGGUUUGUGGCUUCGGAAAGCCUCCUCUUAUCUUAAUCGGGAAUGGAAACUUUGGAAGAAGGGUGGGAAGUCAGUCAAGUGCCUCAAUGCGCCCUGUUGAAACGUGGGUUUUUUCCACACUCGGAGAACUUUUUUUUUCACCCCCGAGUUUGGUUCCUCCUGUACUAGCGGUGGCUUUGCUUGGUGAUCUGGUGAGACUCCACGCCCGCCACGCAAAGGAAAAGCCUGCCGACCUCUUCCGAGUGCUUUUUAUAAGUAGUUGUAGCUGGGGGAGGGGAGGGGUGGCCCGUAAGACUGACAGCAGUAGUUUUUGAAUUGCUAAGUAGUUUCGCAGAGCUAGGUCUGUGUCUCUGUGUGUAUAUGUACAUAGACAUGUCUAGGGCUCGUCCUUAAAUUCCACACCCGGGAGCUGGGAGAAAAAACCUGUACAGUCGUCUUCCUCUUAUUUUUAAUAAAAUAGGAAAGCGCGCAGUUGCGCUCCCCCCCUUCCUGUUUGUUUGACAAUUGUUAUUUGUGUCGGGAAGAACUUGCUGUCUUUGUAAUUUUAAAAACUUUAAAAUAAAAUCAAAAAAGGAAAAA